GAAGCAGGGAAAGCAACAUGCGAUGAAAUAAGUGCCGGACCCUACUUCGAAGUUGAUGUUUGUUAAAGCAGAUAGAAUUAUCCAUCCUGUCCUUACUAUAAAGACUCAUUGCCGCACACGCUCCCGAGUUCAAUCAUCGGGUUGGCCUAUGACUUCUGCUCGUAGAUACAGGUUUAUGUCUACAAUGGCGCUGAAAACAAUCACUGCUCAAAAUGCAGCAGCGUUAGAUAAAGAUCUGAUGGACUCUGGGGCCUUUUCAAUUGAUCAAUUAAUGGAAUUGGCUGGGCUUUCUGUGUCUCAAGCCGUGUAUAAAGUUCACCCACCAUGCAAAGGCAAAAAUGUGCUCAUUGUUUGCGGCCCUGGCAAUAACGGCGGAGACGGACUCGUCUGUGCCCGUCAUCUAGCUCACUACGGUUACAAUCCAACAAUAUAUUACCCCAAGCAUGCCAAAAAUGAGCUGUAUGAACGCCUCAAGAUCCAACUCCACAACCUUUCAGUCCCAUUCACUGAUGACUUUGCCGACGCUCUUUCUACCACCACCUUGAUAGUCGACGCCAUCUUUGGUUUCUCCUUCGGCGGUCCUCUACGUGAGCCGUAUCCCGCUAUAAUCUCCCAGAUAGAAUCCGCCAAAGUACCUGUCGUGUCCGUUGACGCGCCCAGUUCAUGGGACAUUGAAACUGGUCCUCCAAAGGAUGGACCUGGGGCUCUGUUUAUGCCAGAAGUGCUUGUUAGCUUGACGGCUCCGAAGCCCUGCGUGAAGUUCUUUAGAGGGAGGCAUUUCAUCGGGGGACGGUUUCUAACGAAAGGGACUGCGGAGAAAUAUGGGUUAGAUGUACCUGACUACCCAGGAAUCGAUCAAGUCAUGGAGAUUGAUGUAGAGGGAAGUGAGAAACUAUGAGACGCUUGGACAUGAAUUCAAUACAGCAGAGGAUAAA